AUGUCACAGUUUUCAAGGUUUGGUCCUUUGAUCGAUGUCAAUUGAAAUGAUGAAUUGGUUAAUCUAGUCUAGAAUUAACAAAAAUCAUACUGCUGCAUCCGUGUUCUUAUUGUUAAAAAUGAACUUAAAAUGUAUUGAUCACUAAAAAUGACUUAUUUUAAUAAUAAUGUCAUUCUUGUUCGCAAUCGGUUGCAAAACUUGUACAUCAAUUUAAUUAAACUUUUAAAUCUGAAGGAGAAUAUUCAAUCAGUGACAGGAUAGGUUUGAAAGAUGUCAUCUAUUAUUUCUAAUUAAUUUAGUCUACGUUAAAUGAAACAUUAUAAAUACGAAUUGAGUACCGUUUUCGACUAGAGAGCUUAACCCACAAAAAGCUAUAUUCUUAUUAUUUCGAAGGUCUGUGUAGCAGUAUGAAUUUAUCAAUUGACUUGUAACUUCUCAUUAUGAGUAUUAUGAUUUUUGUCAAUAUCAUUAUUAUUGAUUUUCAAUAAAUUGGCAAAUAUCUAAUUGUUGCACGAAUACAUUUAAAUUUGUCUGAAGUUAGAUGAACACGAGUAUUACAACUUUUCGAAGGAACUCAAAAUGACGAUAAAUGGAAAGUUUCUCAACAAGUAAAAUUGACAACGAAAACUCAAAAGCGUCUCCUUUUACGAUCGAUUUUGUAGAUCAUACUAUAUCAUUGCGUUUUGUCAUGAAAAUUUGAAUGAGCUUUUUAAAAUUUUUCUAUGUAGUCAUUGUUUCAAAAAUGACAUCUGUAAUUGAAAUAUGUAACGAAAUGGAUUCCAUAUUACCCGCUGUUAUACACACAACCAUGUAGCUGCCAUGUUAUUCUUGCAUAGGUUUUAUGUUAGUGUGAUGCAUUAUCAUUUCGUUUACUAAAAUAUUUCCUAUGAAAAGUUUACCUACUCGUGAAAUUCGAGCUAAUAUAAUAACGGAAUCAGACUAGACUUUCGAAAAUUGUUACCAAAAAGAUAUUAAUAUACCUUAGACAUAAGAGAUGAAGCUUAUUUUUUGAGAAGAUAAUUGUAUGUCACAGUUUUCAGUCAUCGGUGUACUCAAUCAGAAGUUUUGAAACCUGUAUCUGAUUCACAUUUUAAUUCGUAAACCUACAGGAAUACACCAAUGAAAUCUUUUUUCAGGAAAAUUCCAGAGUCCCGGUUAUUGUCAGACACACAUUACUACAUUGCCGAAUGCAAGUAUUCAAGACGUGGUUUUCUUUUGAUAAGAUAUAGCAAUCGGUGCAUCAAUCUACUACUAUUACUGUGAAUGAAGAAAUAGUAUGUUAUUUUAGACUUAAGCAUCGAAAAUAAAUAAUACAUGAUGACCAUAUGAUGACGUCAAAAUUUGGCAUUCAAAUUUCGACCGCUGGUGUUUUUUAAUAGAAAAUAGGUUGAUAAUUUGUGAAAAUUUACUCUGAAACGUUAAUUUCAUUGUGAGAAUCCAUCAAUUACAUGCAGACCGAUUUGUACCGCCAUACUCGCCGGCCACAGCACCUGCCGUCGAAAAAUCAGACCGACUUCAUCUAUGAUUUUAUCUCGGCAAGAAUUGAAACAAGCGAAGAUGCAUAGAAUGUGCACAUUAGAAGCUAUCUCUACGCUACCUUCUCAAAUUGCUGCGUCCUAAAAUGUGCUCGGCUUUCUUGAAACUUAACAUCAACCAGUCUAUUAUUCACUAAUUGAAAGAUCAAUUUAUCUAACUUUGUACACAUUCCGUUGAGUUCAACAAGUUGUUUAUGAAACACAAAAAUGACUUUUAAGGUCUCUGUUAUAACAUAUGAUACGCUAUUGAAGUAUACUGCAGCUAUCUUUCAAGCGCUUAUGAUUGUUUUUUGGAUCACAGUGAAAAUUGACUUUGAAGCUUUCUUCCUACUCUUAAUUUAAUCUCAAGAUAAAUAAUUUCAUUGCUAAUGAAUUUUUAGUAACAUUUCGUAUUAUAAGAAUAUGUAUUGUCUAUUUUUCAUUAGUGAAGGGUCUUCGCUGCAAAGCGCGGUUUUUACAUAUAUCUGAUGACUAUUUAGCCUUGGCAUCAUCAUAUAUCUGUAUUGUAUGAGAAAUAAAUCAUUGUCUCGAGAUCACCUACUAGUCCGAGACGUGGGUUUGUCUGUGUAUUGCGAACAAAAUGUGAAGAUUCCUAGAAGUUUCGCCGUUUCAAUCGAGAAUUCAGGCUCAAAUAAUAUAAUACAUUGUGUGCUACUGACUAUCGGAGAUGUCAAGGAAUUGCAUCGUAUGCCAUAACGGAGCUCUUGAAAAUCUAAUCUACAUCCAAGACAGACCCAUAGAAACUCAUGAUAAAUGAUAAAGAACUGUUUGAGAGCUUGUGGCAGACACUAAAGCGCACCAUGAAAUGUCAUUUUAAACCGUAAUUGCACUGUAGCAGACGAUCGAACACAUUGACGAAAGGUCAGGUAACUAAUUUCAAAGCGUUUUCAGCUCACCAGGAACCCGUCACAAACCGUAAUGAAUGCCUGUGGGAGUCAAAAGCACAUUCUAUGAAAGAAAAUAUUAUACAAAAUCAUGCCAAUAGAUGCCAUUAAAUGAAAGUUUCGAAGAUCCCAGACUCUUCGAUUAAAACUCUUUUCCUAGAAGUUUUUCUGGAAAAACUACUACUCGAAAAGUUUAAAGCUCUCCCAAGAUGCUUUUAUUAUGGUAUUCACUGAAAGUUUCUUUAGUUCUCUACCAUAUAAAAUCAACGACGGUACACCAGUAAUCUCUUGCUCUAAGGGUGUGGGUGUGGGUGUGAUACGAGUUUUGGUCUCCAUUAUUGGUCACACCCACACCCACACCCACACCCUCCGAAAUAUCCACGCAAGCCAAGUGGCGACAACGAUUAGGUAUAUUAAUACUAAACAAAACCGGUUCCAAUGAAACCGCUUCUCUAAGUGAUACUCUAGUAACACACUUAGCUAUAGACAUGUGAGAAGUAGCUGGCCAAAAGGUAAUCGUCCCAACAAUACAACCAAUUUUGUCUGCAAUUGAUUUAACUUCAUCGAGAUACAUCUGUUGACCACGAUACACAAUGGAAUAUUGUAUGGGUGGCCGUUUCUUUCGGAGUUCGGUUAAAGAAUGUUCCAAAUCAGAUAUUACAUAACGAUAAACGAAUAUUUGAUUGAUGUCCUCUGAACGUAAUGAUCGAUUCAGAGCGAUAUAGAAAAAAGAGGUACGUGUAUACCAACUGAUAAUAUCUUCUGGUUUGUAGUUCUCUUCGAAAUCUCGACAAUUAUUGGCGACAUACUUUUGAAUAUCAGAGGAAUGAAAGAGUCGAAUGUUUUGUAGCAUUUCAUUUCGAGCAAUGCAAGUAUGAUUCAAACUUGAUAAAACAUCGAAGAAUAACUGAAACCAGAUGUACUUGACACAGCCAUCGCUCAAAUCAUUGAGUGAUCAUUCGACUGAAUAACAUUGGUGAGUAAUCAGUUCUUGUAUGAUUGUUUGCCAUAGAAGAACAUAGAGCAAAGAGUCAACAUCGAGAAAAUGUUCAUACUUGUGAUGAUCACAACAUUUCUGUCACAGAAGUGGCCCCAAAAUAUAAAUGCGGUAAUAGUGGAAGAAGAACAUCCAUUCUAAUAUUAGCUAAUAGAUUUGAUGUGAUCAAGGUGACCGAAAUGUCUCUAUCAGUACUCUCAUGAGCGAUAAAAUCGUCUACAUCAGUAAAUCAAUGUUUUACAUAAACUUGCAAAGAACUCGAGCGAAAAUCCAAUGGUGUAAUAUCCAAUGAGAUGAUGGUAUGUUGCAAAUCACAUGCCCGUGUAUGGAAUCGAGAAGUAGGCCACAUUAUAUUUCAUGUGAAUGCUUUCGUAUUAACAAUUGAACGAGCACCUAAGGCAUCAUCCACAGAGAUUGAUGACAAUAGAGACGUCGAAAAAUUUUCUUGUGAGAUUUCUUGCAAAACAAAGUAAUUAAGUUAAUCAUAAACACAGAGUCUGACGACAGCAUUUAAUUCAGGAGCAAGUAAAAAGAGGAAUACGUAUCAAAAUUGAAGCGUUUGAGUAGGUACUUCAACACUAUCAAAGAGGAAGACAACCGUGGAAUCAACUGUGUAAAGUAGUAUGCAAAUACAGAAGAAUUACGAUAGACAAGAUACAUGCAUCAUUCAAAAAGCUUUUCAGUCCGGCUGUUCUAAAUCCCCAGUUUGCAUUCAAGUAUUCGGUUAUAAAGCUUAGGCAUAUUUAGGAUUAUGUACAAAGUUUCUGACUUCUAAGUCUUGUACUUCGCUGUGGUCCGUCACUGCUUUUAUGGUAGGUGCACACAUCCUGCUAACAGAUGAUUCAUCAUAAAUAAGAGAACUUUGCAUUUCAUAUUUUUUUAUUCCUAAAUACGUUUUAUUAAAAAAUCAAAAUAUACCAGAAGAUACACCGUCAAAAGCUCUGUAAUUUACAUGGAACAACUAGUUUUACAGUUGCAUUUGCUAUGUUUAAAAAUCGAUAAACUUUUGAGAAAUCAAAUUUCGACGUUACGAAAAUAAUAUUUUUUUAUAAAAAGCGAAUUUGUUUUUUCUUAUUUCAAUUUUGAAUUGGCUUAUAUCCUCUAUUAAACAAAAAAGAAAACAUGUCAAAAGAUAAAGCGUGAAAAGCGCUACAAAUUACAAAAGCCAUCUUAUUCUACAGACGCAUUUAUUGGUUUUGACAAGCGACAAAAUUCUGGACGAUCAAAUUUCGAUGUUGCAAAAGAGUAUUUCUUUGUCGUAUGCAAUGAACGUAAUGUUUUUUUGUUUAUCACCUGAUACGUUUUAUGUAAUAAAAACAAAGUAUAUCACAAGAUGUAGCGUGAAAAACUCUACAAUUGACAAAGAACACUUUAUAUUUUAUAUGCAACUUUUGUUAUUAAGAAAAAACAAAAUUGUGAGAGAAAUUUUCUAGGAUGCAAAAAUUCGACACGAACGAAGACUUUCUUUUUUCGUAUUUCAUCAUUUUAUCACACAAUAUGUUUUCUUUUCAAAACAUAGAACAUGAUGAAAGAUGCCACGUGUAAAGCUCUACAAUUUGCAAACAAUAGUUUUAUUUUAAUUGGGUCCUUUUUAUUUUGAAAAUAAAAUCAAAAUUCUCUGAACUACCUAUUGCAGCGUCGAGAGUUGGUCACUCAGAAUACUGUUUAUUUGGAAAGAAAACGCACACAAUUAACGUAAGAUUUAUAUUACACAUUGUAGAGUUUUACAUACUGUAUCUUCUGGUACGUUUUGUUUUUAUUAUCAUAAAUGAUUUUAAAGAUCAAAAUAUAAAAUUCAAAGUUCUGUCAUUUAUUAUAAGUCAUCCGUUAUAUAGCGUAUAGAAAAUUGCAUGUUACUCACGUAAAAGAAAUGAUGAACAACAGCAAAGAAUAAGACUUAGGGGUUCCAAAUUUUGAAAAUAUUCCAAAUAUGUCUAAGCAUUAUCACAGCAUACUUGAACUCAAACUGAGACCUUUAGAACAACCAGGGGAAAACUUUUGGAGCGCCCCAUGUAAUUUAAUAUAAAGUAAUAUUUCAUUCCAUCCAUCUGAUUUUCAGCUUAAAGUCAUCAUACAAAUUUCGACAAAGUACGGACCACAAAUGCCAAUUACUGUUGGUAGACCAUCAACAAAGGAUUCCCCGUUUCUUCUAACUGCUCAACAUUAUUCUUUUGCUUAUUUCGAAAAUAUUGAUGUCAAAACAUUCUCAAAGAAAUGUAUGAUUUGGACAUUCCGUCAUGUUCGACAUGAUACAUUAUAUGUGUUUCAUGAUUGUAAUGUAUGUCUAUUCAUUAUUGAUUGCUUUAAAGACUAUCAUACAAAAAUUAACUACUGAUGUCUUUUUCUGACAUAGAACGAUCUUUUCUUUGUAAAAUAAUUCAAUUUUUGCAAAAACAGUCGCAAAUCAACGGUUUUAAAACUAAAGAAAUGAAUCUUUUAUAUAGUCUUGUCAUCAACACUCAGCUCAACUAUGCCCAUUUCGGAAUUAGACUGUAUCAAUGUUGGUUUAUCGAAGUUAACAUUUUAUUAUCAUAACUCGUUAGUUAACUUCAUGUGAAGCGCCAUGCCACAUUUUAUUCCGUAUUUUACUGAAUACAAUAAUAAUGUUGAGCCGUGCAAUACACCAAAGAUAGACAAUUUCUUUGAGUAUCUUAUGAGAAUGUUUAUUCGAUUAAGACCAACGUGAAAAACAUACGAGAUUUUUACCGUACGGUACGCAAAAAAUAACUCAUAUUUAAAGUAUCUCUCUACUAUCUAUGGCAGCAGAAAAGCACGUGGUAUGAUUUAUUAAUGUACUACCGUCAAGAAUGUCACUUUCAAUGUAAUAAAAAAUGAAUAAAAAAAGGAUUUUUUUUGCUGUUCAUCCCUUUCAUAACUCCUUACAUUUUCAUUAAAUGGCAUACAUGUUGAAAAAAUAUAUUUGCAGUUCUUUCCGUUUGAAAGUUAAGCGCUUCUACUUCUUAAGACAGGGUCCAUGGAAAAUACCACUAAAUUUAUAUAUCAUCGGCAUUUGACGAAUUUUGAAAGUACGAUAUUCUGGCACCAAAUGAAAGAGCAUAUUGGAAAACCUAUAAAUCCAAAAUUUCAGCUCAAUCUGAAAGAGCUUUGAAGAGUUAUAAGGAUAACAAUGAUGAUAAGUCAAGAUGGUUUAGAUCAAAAUAUCAAUUUUUUCAUGUUAACGGUAUUUUGUCGAUUUCUCCUCUACUCAUCCUUUCUGCGACAUAUUGGUCACAGAAGACUCGAAACAUUAGAUUUUAUGAGUUGUACAGCUCAUUGAAGUUCGAAAAUUCAUUGAUUUUUUUUCUUAAUUCAUACUAGAGCAGAUAUUAAACAUGUUUGAAUACUUUUAAUCAAGUUAAAAUAAUGAUCAUAUCCAAAAUUUCUAAUCUCAAGAUAUACUUAUCAUUAUAUAAAACGAUAAAACAUCGAAAAAAUUUCCUAAUUUUCGAUACAAUUAAUCUCUUCUAAUCAAUUUCUAUUAUAUUUUCUUUUUCAGUAACACAAAAAGCUGAUCUUGAACAACAAGUUAAAGAUUUAGAAGAACGUUUUAGCCAAGAAGAAGAAGGUGCACAAGAAUUAGAUAAUAAGAAAAAGAAACUUGAACAUGAUAUUGAUGGUUUAAAAAAAGAUAUUGAUGAUAUGCGUUUAAGUUUACCAAAAUCUGAAACUGAAUGUAAAACACGUUAUAAUCAAAUUCAUACAUUACAAGAUGAAAUUGCUCAUCAAGAUGAAACAAUAGCUAAAUUAAUACGUGAACGUAAACGUCUUGAAGAACAAAAUUCUAAAACAACUGAACAAUUACAAGCUGAAGAAGAUAAAGUUAAUCAUUUAAAUAAACUUAAAGCUAAACUUGAACAAACACUUGAUGAAUUAGAAGAUAAUUUAGAACGUGAAAAAAAAGCUUGUGCUAAUUUAGAUAAAUCAAAACGAAAACUUGAAACUGAUUUAAAAGCAUUACAAAGUAAUUUAGAAGAAGUAGAAAAAUCGAAACGUGAAUUAGAAGAAAAUAUUAAACGUAAAGAUCAAGAAAUUCAACAAAUGGGUGGACGUCUUGAAGAUGAACAAGAACAAGCAACAAAAGGAGAAAUAGAAAAUGAAAGACAACAACGAGCUGAUUUAGCAAGAGAAAUUGAUGAAAUGAAUGAUCGUUUAGAAGAAGCUGGUGGUGCAACAUCAUCACAAGUUGAAAUGAAUAAAAAACGUGAAUCUGAAUUACAAAAACUUCGUCGAGAUUUAGAAGAAGCUAAUCUUCAACAUGAAGCUACAGCUGCACAAUUACGAAAAAAACAUCAAGAUGCUGUUAAUGAAAUGGGUGAACAAAUUGAUCAAUUGCAAAAAUUAAAAAAGAAAUUAGAAAAAGAAAAACAAACAGUUAAAUCUGAAUUAGAUAAUUUACGUACACAAAUUGAACAUCUACAAAAAGGUAAAGCAGCUGCUGAAAAACUUUCAAAACAACUUGAACAACAAUUAAAUGAUAUUCAAACUAAACUUGAAGAUCAUGUUAAACAAAUAACUGAUUUAAAUCAUAAAUUUGAACAUCAAAUUGGAACUUUAACUAAAGCUAAAACAGCAUUACAACAACAACUUGAUGAAGCUAAACGAACAUUAGAUGAUGAAUUACGUGGCAAAGGUUCAGUUAAUUCUCAAAUACGUAAUUUAACUAGUGAUCUUGAACAAGCACGAGAACAACUUGAUGAAGAACAAGAAGCUAAAACUGAACUUCAAAGACAAGUUACUAAACUUAAUGCUGAAGUACAACAAUGGAGAGCACGUUUUGAAUCUGAAGGAAUAGCUCGUGGUGAAGAACUUGAAGAAGCUAAACGAAAAUUAGCUGCUAAAUUAACCGAAGCUGAAGAACAAGUUGAAGCUGCUUUAAAUAAAUGUAAUGCAUUAGAAAAAGUUAAAGUUCGUCUUCAAGGUAAAGUUGAAGAUCUUAUGGUUGAUGUUGAACGUGCUAAUGCUAGUAAGUUUAACAUAUAA